AUGACUAAAGAAACUGGGGCCGGCACGACGAGAAGCCAGCUGAGCCGUAGAAGAGACCCAAAAUUACCACUCGCCGUCGAGUUACUAAGGCGCGACGAACCCAUGCACCCCCAGCUUCAAUCCCGUCUCGUGUCUGGACUCCCAAGAGAAAUCCGAGAGAUGAUAUGGAAAUAUGCACUCCGCGUGUAUGAAGACGUUGACGACCUUUAUAACUCUGAAGCAAGCUACGCCCGACCCGGGCAUGCUGCUCCUUUACGCAUCGCCGUCGCACUGCUUGGUACAUGUCGCGCUGUAUACCUCGAAACUUUCCUGCUCCCCUUUCAGAUUAAUCCUAUAGAAAUUUUCGACGGAGAUGAACUCGAUAUUCCGCCGGAUAGCCAGCUGGUACGCUCGGUGGGAGAUCAACUACGGUGCAAGAGGUUGAAGACUUGGCAGUUUGCCAACAUAUCUUCUGUGAAGAUGACAGUGCAACAAAUCAUGUUGGAAGGGGGUUCGGUUGAGCGAGUUUCGCGCAUUAUUGGGGCAAUGGGGCGUCAUAAGGGAUUCGAAUGCCGUAGCUUCAACGGACUUGGCUUCGCGACACUCGAGCAGCCUGCAAAAGUCGACAAUGGUGCGAAUGAGAUGUCUGACAACAAAGAUACCGCUGACAAGCUCCCAUUCCCUGAGGAGAAUCUACUGGUCGGUAGGAAAAUCACUCACCUGACUAUCCAGAUGGGCCGCACCGACUGGUGGUCAUGGAAGACCGAAUUGUCGGAAUGCGAAAAUAACCCUAGGGAGAGAUUGCGGUUAGAGCCGAUGAUCAACUCGACGCAUAUAGCAGCGCACCGUCUCCCCAUGACCAUGGGAUAUGAAGCACGGAAAGCAGGAAAGGAGCCCGACUUCGGACUCGAUGAGUUUGAGAAGCAGGGACGUUGGGGCUUGCACGUCGGCGAAUAUUGGCCUGACCUGACGACGCUCAAGCUCGUGCUGGAAACUUUUAUGUUUAAAAAGGACCAGCUUGAUUAUGUGAUAGAGUGUGCCAAGUUAUGGAACUUUCCGCUGGGCGAUGGCUAUCAUCUAGUGUGGGAUGGGACAGAGGAGGCUUUUAGAUGGCGAGGUGCUUCUUCGUACUACAAUAGGAAUCCUCGGUCCUCGGAAGGGAAUAGCAGUCGGAACUUUGAGGCCCAGGACCCGCCAGUGAUUCGGUGGCGGCCUGAGAUUCAAAACGGUUGUGAUCCUGGUGAUGCCCAGGAAUUCAUCGUUCAGACGAUGACAUUCAAACGGAGAAGAAUCAGUGAAUACCGCACUGACUGA